AUGACAUUAUUUGCAAUGGGGACUAGUUAUUUUUUCAUUUAUAUGUCCUUUUUCAUUACUUUUGGAUUUAUUUCUUCUUUCCUAAUAAUUCCAUUAUUAUCAACUUCAUUUAUUUUUGCCAUCGGUGUGGUAAUAUUUGGAUUUAUUAGUAAUAUUACCUUCAAGAGUGGUCAAUUUAUAUAUUAUAAAGCUGAUAAAAAAUUAAAGAAUUACUUAGAACUGAUGGCAUAUAAUUUACAGAAAAAACCAUCAACUGUAGUGACACCAAAUGAAAUUCCUAUUGAUAAUACACAUAAUAUUUUGAUAAAUAAUAGUAAUUCAGGUGAUAAUAGUAGUAUUGAUGAACCAAUCAUUUCAAUAAUAGAAGAAGAGUAA